GCGGCUGGUUCUCAGCGGUGCAGCGGGCGCAAAAAAGUGCGACGGCCCCAAUUCGCCCACGAUCAUGUAGGCAUCGAUUUUACUUAAGUGCCCCUCUUAUUGCGCCUCCACCUGGCUCUAACACGACAAUCCGAGGUUAGUUAAGUAAACACUCCUCAGAGUUCCGAGGGUUUAGGAGUCGGGGGCUUUGAGCUGUGGCCAAUUAGGAAGCGAUCUCUGUCCAUGGCUUCCUCCUGUUGCCGACGUGGCCGAUUCCUAUUCUCCACAAACACCGCCGCCUCUCUCCCUCUCUCUCAAGAGUCUUCUUGGACUUUUGAUUAAAUGAGAGCGAUUAGGGUUUGAGAUUUCCCAAAUUAAAAGAGAAAUGGGAGAGGUCCAAGGAAAAUGGAAAGGGUAUUUUGGGAAGAACGGGCUGAGAGUAUUCUCGCCGGAGUACUACGCCGUCUGCGCCGUCGGCGGGAUGCUCAGCGCGGGGACCACCCAUCUCGCCAUUACUCCCCUAGAUGUGCUCAAAGUCAAUAUGCAGGUUAAUCCUGCCAAAUAUAAUAGCAUAUUUUCCGGUUUGCAUAUCCUAGUAAAAGAGCAAGGCCUGUCAUCUCUUUGGAGAGGCUGGACAGGGAAACUCUUUGGUUAUGGUGCUCAAGGUGGCUGUAGGUUUGGGCUUUAUGAAUAUUUCAAGAAGAUGUAUUCUGAUGUAUUAGGAGCGAAAAAUCAAAAUUUCAUAUUCUUUAUUAGCAGUGCAUCUGCUCAAGUAAUUGCAGAUGUUGCCCUUUGUCCUUUUGAAGCUGUAAAAGUUCGUGUUCAGACUCAACCCAAGUUCGCAAAGGGCUUAGUUGAUGGCUUCCCAAAAGUGUACAAUACAGAAGGUUUAUCUGGCUUUUCCAGAGGACUCUUUCCAUUGUGGGGCCGGAACCUUCCAUUUGCUAUGAUAAUGUUCUCGUCUUUUGAGCACUCUGUGGAUAUCUUAUAUCGUAAGCUUAUUCAAAAGAGAAAGGAGGAAUGUUCAAGAGCUCAACAACUCGGGGUGACUUGUAUAGCUGGUUAUGCAUCUGGGGCAGUUGGUACCUUCAUUUCAAAUCCUGCAGAUAAUAUUGUGUCUUCACUUUACAAUAAGAAGGCUAACAGUAUCAUGGAGGCUGUGAAGAAAAUUGGUUUUGCCAAUUUGUUUACAAGAAGCCUUCCUAUUCGGAUCACACUUGUGGGACCAGUUAUAACAUUGCAAUGGUUCUUUUAUGACACCAUCAAAGUAUUAAGUGGACUGCCGACUAGUGGAGGCAUCAUCCAUGACGAUGUAGAAGCAGCCUAGGACGGUCACAUGUUCAAAGAAUACUGCAGUCAUACUAAUUAUACAGAUAAAAUGGUUCACAUUUUUUUCCCUUCCGCUUGCGGAGGACUGAAGUUCGAUGUUCAUUGUUUUGGCUACCUUGACACUCUUGAUGAUUUCUGCUAGAAAUGAUAUCUUGCUCCCUGUAAUUGUGAGCCAGCCUACCGAAAGUUUUCAAUGGAGACAUCUCCCUUUUUAGUUUGCAGAGAUUCAAGGAUCCUGUUCUUACUUUACAAGAGCUCUGAAUUUUACGUUUUUGGAAGAUAUACAGUGUUCACUCAUAUUGCUGUGAGUCAAAAGACUGGUAUAUGUAGAUAUUUUUGUAGGUAUUGGAUCAUUAAGUAUACAUUGUAAUGUUUCACAAUAGCCAUGAGGAAACAAUAAGUCUGCUUGCAAACUUUGUUAAAUUCAAUUUCCAAGGCUUUUAGCCUUGUUAUUUAUACUGUUAUAGUUUCUGUA